AUGCUAUACUCCCCUCCCCCAGCAUAUUCUCUUCCCCCCUCUCUCUCUCUCUCUCUCUCUCUCUCUCUCUCUCUCUCUCUCUCUCUCUUUUUCUCGAUUUUAAAAGUUUGUUUCUUUUUUUCUUGUUUACUUUUCUUUCUUCUUUCUUUCUUUCCUUCUUUCUUUCUUUCUUUCUUGCUUUGCUUUUCUUUCAUAUUUCUUUCUUUCUUUCGUCUUUCUUUCUUGCUUGCUUGCUCGGUUUUAGAAGUUUGUUACUUUUUUUGUUUACUUUUCUUUCUUCUUUCUUUUUUUCUAUCUUUCUUUCCUAUUUCUUUCUUUCUUUCUUAUUUCUUUCUUUCUUUCACUCUUGCUUUCUUUCUUUCUCGCUUGCUUUACAAAUUUAUUAAACAUAACACAACUUUCUCCUGUUUUUUUUUUAUUUCUCACUCUUUCUGUCUCUCUCCCUCUCCUCCUCUCUCCUCCUCUCUCCUUCCCCCACCCUCCAUUUCUGAUUCUUUUCUUUCCAAGAUUUCUUUCUCUUUUUCCCCCAGACAAUUUCCCCUUCUCUCCUCUCCCUCUCUUUUUACCUCUCUUUCCAUCUCCCAAUCUUCCUCCCUCUCUUUCCAUCUCCCUCUCUCUUUCCAUCUCUCUCUCUCUUUCUCUCUCUCUCUCUCUCGUUGGCAUGCGUACAAUAGGCAGAUAUUCGUCCUUCUCGACUGUCUGCAUUUUUCUGACUCCCAGACAAGUGCUAAGCCUUUUAGCUCUUCCGUAUCUAAUAAACGUUAUCGACUCAUCGGCACGAGUCCAAUUUUUUUUUAUUGGCCGCUGCCACCAACCCGAACGUUUUGGGAAAGGUAUUUUUAUUGA